GGCAUGCGCAUACAAGUCGUUCAGAACUUCACAUAAAAUGUUUGCCUAUCUAAUUCUGGCCACUGUGUUGUGCUCGGCCGUGGGGCUGAGUGACAGCUCACGAGUGAGGUUGAUUGACAACGGCUAUGAGGGUCUGGUCAUUGCCAUCAACCCCACCGUGCCCGAAGACCCCAAGCUCAUCGACGCCAUCAAGGCAAUGGUGACAGAUGCAUCUGCCUAUCUGCAUGCAGCCACGAACAACCGAGUUUUCUUUAGAAAUGUCAGCAUUUUGAUCCCAUCUUCCUGGGCGUCUAAAAACUACACACGGCCAACAUACGAGUACUAUGGCAAGGCGGAUGUGCUUGUUCAUCCUUGGGACGACCCUGCGGAUGACUCGCCGUACACUCACCAGUACGGGCAGUGCGGUGAACCCGGCCAGUACAUUCAGUUCACCCCAAACUUCCUCCUCGAUGACAAAAACCUGAAAGCAUACGGACCACGAGGAAGGGCUUUUGUCCAUGAAUGGGGCCACUUUCGCUGGGGUCUAUUUGAUGAGUACAGUGAAGAGGAACCUUUUUACGUGGAUGGAAAAAAUCCAGAAUUCACGAGGUGCUCCAAAGACAUCACGGGCGGCAUUGGCAAGGUGACCUGCAGAGUGGAUGGUACAUGCGCGGUGGACAAGUGUACGAUAGAAAGCACGGGUCUACCUGAAAAGGGUUGCUCCUUCCUCCCAGACGAAAUUCAGACAGCAAAAGAGUCCAUCAUGGGUCUGCAAUGGAUCAACAGUGUAAACACAUUCUGCACAGCAAAAACGCACAACCGACUGGCUCCGAAUCGACAAAAUCGUCUGUGUGGCUUAAGUAGCGCCUGGGAGGUCAUGCUUAAGCAUGACGAUUUCAAUAACACCACCCCUGCAAGCGGCCUCACACAGCCAACAUUUAGCCUUCUGCAGACCUCAGCCAGAGUCAUCACGCUUGUCCUGGAUAAGUCUGGCAGCAUGAGUGCGGAAAGUCGUCUGCCGAGACUGCUGCAAGCAGCCGACAUUUUUAUCAUGCAGAUUUUACAGGAAGGAGAAAUGGCUGGAAUUGUUACUUUCGAUAGUGGAGCCCAAACCCAAUGUGGAUUGACCAGAAUUAAUACCGCAAGUCGGGAGACACUAAAGUCUUGCUUGCCCAGGAAUGCAGGUGGCGGGACAAAUAUAUGUGCAGGUCUUGCACAAGGAUUUCAGGUUUUGUCUGCAGAUGACGGCAGUGCCUCUGGAGACGAAAUUAUCUUAAUGACCGAUGGCGAGGAUGGUGGCAUCAGUUAUUGCUUUGAAGCUGCACGCAAUAGUGGAUGCACCAUUCACACCAUCGCCUUGGGACCAAAUGCAGUGGAGGGCCUCGCUAACUUCGCAGAAUUAACAGGUGGUUUGAACUUUUAUGCAAGUGACAGCGUGAACGCCAAUUCUCUUGUGGAUGCGUUCACAUCCAUCACUGAAGACAGUGGAGACUCAGAUGUGUUGGUCAUACAGCUGGAGAGCACGGGUCAACUUCUCACCAUGAAUCAGUGGAUGGAUGGAGACGUCAACAUCGAUGCCUCCAUUGGGAACAACACGCAGUUCGUGGUCACCUGGCAGUCAACAACUGUCCCAGAGAUGAACAUUACUGAUCCAAAUAGUUUUACCUACCAAAAUGGAAAAUUUGACAUUGACCAAGCAUUUAAAACUGCAAGACUAAUUAUUCCAGGAAGUGCCAAGGCUGGGACGUGGAAAUACUGGCUAGUCAAUAAAGCUCCUAGCACGGACACCCUUACCCUGACAGUCACCAGCAUGGCGUCCAGCAAAGGGGCGCCUCCCAUCACGGUGGAGGCACACAUGCGGUCCUCCAGCAGCAUCUCUUUGAGCGCCUUGACCAUUUACGCCGAGGUGAAGCGUGGAACCACGCCUGUUGUCGGCGCAAACGUCACCGCUCUGAUCGAGAGACCUGGCAGCGCAACGCUCGAGAUUGAGCUGCUGGACAACGGCGCGAGUGCUGACAUAAAGAAGGACGACGGAGUGUACUCCAGAUACUUCACCCAAUACACGUCGAGUGGCCGCUACAGCCUGAAGGUCAGAGUGGCAGGAAGUAAAGGGACAACGAGGCUGGCUCCACGCAGAGGCUCCAAGGCCAUCUUCAUUCCGGGAAUUCGAAACGGGAAAGGGGAGCUGGUGGCAACGCAGGUGCCAGCUCCGGCGGGUGGGCAGGUGCUGGUGCCGAGCGAGGACUUCAGCCGAGUGGCAUCGGGAGGCUCCUUCCAGGCGACGGUGCCGCCGGGCGGGCCCCUGGACAUCUACCCUCCGAGCCGCGUGCUGGACCUGACGGCCGAGUUGCAGGCGCCGGGGAUCGUCAGCCUGGCUUGGACGGCGCCCGGGGACGAUGCUGACUUCGGCCAAGCUUCAAAAUAUGAGAUCAUCAUGAGCGACAGCAUUGAAGGUUUGCUGAAUAGCACAGAGGAAAUAAUCGUGCCUGAAGACAACGUCACACUGGGAAACACAAGUGACCCGGCGGUCGCGGGUUCCACUGAAACAUUUGCCAUCUCCAUAGCUGAGCUCCAGCCAGGAAACAGCCUCUAUUUCUCUGUACGAGCCAUCGACAAGAACAACAACAAAGGAGAGAACUCCAACGUGGCGUCCGUGGCACCUGCGUUGAUUGUUGUCCCAACCAAGGCACCAAACGGUGGUGGUCCACCAACAAUAUCUAAACCCACAUGCACAGUGUACUUUAUGGUAACCAUCAUCACUCUAAUAGUGUCAGUGUUUCCUACAUCUUAAACAGCCUGUGAUCUGUCACAGACACUUAAUAUGUGGAUGGAAAAGUGGUCAGAAAAUACGAAAUUUAGUAAUACUAAUGAUUUUACUUAAUUCUUUGUAACAGCUAAAAUGCAUAAUUUAACCAUAUAAUUUUGCUGCUGUUUUCGAUACUUUUUUGAAGUAAUAGAAAAGUAGCAUGCAGACAAAAAGUAUCAUACAGCUAGUAUUUAGAAAUCACUGACUUUACAUUUGAUGAAGAUAAAUUGUAUGUGCUGUAAGCAAUAAAAAAAUGCAAUAACACGUUUUAAAUAGCUUUUAAAAAAAUUCGGACAAUAAAAGUUGUGAAUUUUCAA